UGACAGAGGAGCAGACAGUUCACCUCCUGAGUCCUGACCACUAGUCCGUGUCAGACCUACCUCACUGAACCCCGUAUCGCUAAACGGGGAUCGAUUUCAAAUUGACUCUGGUAUUAACCGCAGCACAGCCGGGCAGUAACGGACCAGCAAGGCUCCUGUACAGAAAGUCGCUGCGGAAUAAGCUGUCCUGAAACACGGUUCUCUAAAGAAAGCAGCUGAGUCACACUACGUCUUGCUAGUUAUGGUGACUGAAGAUGAGGAGAGAUGUACGCCACGGCCACUGUGUAUUAUUUACUGGCGUUGUGGGUAGCCACUAGUGCGCAAAAUUUAUAAAUAAAAAAAAGCCGAGCUGCAAAGGGGAGGUUUCAGAGCCGGGUAAAGCGGAAGCCGGAGGAAGGAAGGACGGACGGACGAGAGCAGCACAGAGCUAAUAAUGGCGUCUCUGCAGGCAUGCCGAGUCCCUGCAGCCGCAGCGCUUUGUAAAUCGGCAGUCUUCUCCGGAAUAACGUUGCUAGUGUUGGGCGCAGUGGCACCGCAGCCGGCGCUGGGGAAGAGGCACCAUCAGCGCACGAUCACUGAGAGGACCUGGCAAGAUAUACUGGAGGGAGAGUGGAUGAUUGAAUUCUUUGCCCCGUGGUGCCCAGCUUGCCAGCAGCUUCAGCCGGAGUGGAACGCCUUUGCAGAAUGGGGGGAGGACAUUGGGGUCAGUAUCGCCAAAGUGGACGUCACAGAGGAGCCAGGGCUGAGCGGUCGCUUUAUCAUCACAGCUCUUCCAACCAUCUACCACUGUAAAGACGGUGUGUUCAGGAAGUACGAGGGAGGCAGGACUAAGAACGACUUCCUGAGCUUCAUCGAUGAGAAGAAAUGGCGCGAGAUCGAGCCGGUGUCAUCCUGGUUUGGACCCUCGUCCUUCCUAAUGAACACCAUGUCGGGCCUGUUCAAGCUCUCCAUGUUUAUAAGGCAUUGUCACAAUUACUUCACGGAGCACCUGGGCUUGCCGGUGUGGGGCUCCUAUGCUAUCUUCGCUCUGGCCACCCUGUUCUCUGGCCUCGUUCUGGGGCUGAUCCUGGUGUUUGUGGCGGACUGUGUGUUCCCCUUCCGCAGAUUCACUCCUCAGAACUACCAGAGGAAGCAGUCUCUGGACCAGGCUCGGAUCAUGAAGAGGCUGGAGGCGGAGCAGGAGGCAGACGGAGAGGCUGACGAGGAAGACGAGUAUGAUUACGAGGGGGAGGAGGUUUGGAGGAAGAGAGGAGGAGGAGGAGGAGGAGGACGCAGCAGUGAGCCCGAGGAGAGGCACAGCAGGGCCAGAGAGCGGCUCCAUGCACAGGAAGAGGAGGAGGGCUCCCCAGAUACGCUGCGCAAGAGAAACCCUGCCACUGCUGACCAGGGCCACCCCUAGAGGACGGGGGUGGAACUGCAUGCACCUCAUAUACAGUGACUGGGAGAGCUGACCUGAGUCUGCAGUGUGGCUUGAUGCCUGUGCUCUUCAGCUAGCUGUCUGUCUGUCUGUCUAACCUACUGGAGGUGUGCAGGAAAUUAACAUUGGACUGCUCCUUUCAAAAAAAUAAUAAUUAAAGCAAGACAUUGGCUUUCUCUCAAGUAACGUUGCUUCAUUAUUCAGCCAUAAGAUGGCUGUUGGAGCUCUGUAAAAAUGAUACUUAGUAUUCUGCCUAAAAGGGAACUGAUCCUAGCUGCGGUAUUCAACUUUCAUUGUUAGUUUUUUUUUGAUUUGCUUAAAAGCUGACCUGUCGAGAGACAGGUUUCGUA